AUGGGUAUGGUGCAGAGCAUCUAUGCCAGUGCCGCCCGAAGAUCCGCUGCGGCCCUCGACCUGCAUAUUAAGCCUUAUCCCACGAGGCCUACCAUGAUUGGACAUGGUUUCGGCUUGCUGAAUGACGAAAAUAAUUCAGAUAAAAGUGAAGACAUAGAUGAUGAGACGGGAGAGCGGCGUCAGGCAUUGGAUUAUCAGAUGAUGCCCGGAGUGCGGGAGCUGUCCGAGAGCUAG